UCUCUUCUGAGCGUCAGUGCGGUUGGGCUGCAGCAAAGCAGAGCGGGAGAGGUACUAAGCACUCUCGCUUUCGAAGCACAGAAAACAGUCAAUACCAACGUUAWAAGCAAGCAAUGUAACCAAAUGUAUUCGAUUAAAAAUAAACUUAAAGAUGGAAGUAAAGUAUAGGUUACCAGCACUUGCAAGAGAAAAUAGGUAUAUACGAAUGUAAAAAUGUGUACUUUGUAAUAUUGACCUCGUUCACACCUGCUGGACUGCAUUCGAUGUAUGCCACAUUUUACGCACAACAUGCAUGUGAGAAAAAUAUAUACAAAGUCCUUACGUGUAAAAUCUCACAAUAUUUCGAGUUUUUUUUAUACAGUGUUUAUACCACAGCUGCGGUACGGUAUGUAGCGCAGUAGAGUGGGUCCUCUGUGCUCCGCUCGAUAAUCAUCAGGUGGGCAGGCAGGGUAGCCUAGACCGGAGCGGYGAGGUGGAGCCACGUUUGMCCAUUCCUAAAARCUUAUUCACACACUAGUUCAUUCACAUUCGCGCUUGUGUCCCCAUAGGAAGUUUCAGUAGGGAAGUCAUUUCAUAAGCUCGAGGAGGAAUUUUAUUGCGUCCUGUUCAGCCAAACGACAAUAUAACCAUGGAAUUACUGUAUUAUYCACUAUUCAGCGACCMUUUGGAGCUAAUUGUGUUUAGAGUUUGAGUCUAUAGACACUGUUUCGUGCGGAGGUUUUGGGUUGAACUACGCUGGAAAGCAGAAAAUAUGCGAGCUUCGCCCUAACAUUGGAAUAAACCUGAGCGGACUCGCCAGCCUGGGCGCAGCGGGAGUAUUUGGUUUUAUCCCGAGGAAGUCUCCGUGUAGAGAAAUAGACAUGAUUUUAACUCAGAUCGAGGCCAAGGAGGCGUGCACCUGGCUCCGGGCUGCCGGUUUCCCACAGUACGCCCAGCUGUACGAAG